AUGACCUCAUAUUCCCAUAAGGAAAUGUGCCAAGGCUCUUAUGAAAUGAUGCCCCCCAAAAAGGCGUAUGGCACCACUGCUGAUUGGGGGAAGGCAGCAAGGGCCGGCAUUGUUCCGGGUAAAAAACAGUGUGUCCUUCUGAGAGGCAUUUGCAAGAAGGGGGGCUGCACCUCCACGGACGACACCAUCGGGGUGUGUAAUGAUGAGCAAAGGUGCUGUCGGAGGUGGUGGAUACUGUUUCCCUACCCAACGCCGGCUCCCAAGUCCAAGUCUCCUUAGGAGGAAGCAACCUGUCGGGCCCUCUGACUCCAGGACACACAGAUGCGUUUGGCAGAUUCCUGUCGAAUCCGACUUGCUUUCCCUCCCUUGAUGGGAAAUAAAGUCCUGCUUCCACGUGUGCUGAUCCCUGAGAGAUUUCUUCUGGACGCCGUGCCUGCAAAGCCUCUCACGCACAACAAG